GUGCCAACGUGCAAACAACUGUGAUAUUAAAAUACGCGAGACGUCCAGUCGAUGUCAUUUCACUUUGUGUUUGGUUACCUUUCAGGUAUAGUCUCACCUGUUCAACCGCCAAAUCGCGUAUCGAUCAUUUUACGCGUAAUGGGCUUUGGUGCUGCUUUGGUGCUGCGGUAGGCAAGAUAAGAAAAGAUACUCGUGAACCGGUCCGGAUUUACUCACCCCUGUGCUGACUCCUUUGACUUGUGAGUCCGCGCUGCGUUUCUCCAUUUUCACUGCAAAAUCGAAAGAGAAGAAGGAGAGGUGACGCUCAGAACAGCGACCUCAGGCGCAUUGAGACGCGCAGAGAAGCCGCAGUCCAGUAUCCACUAUGGCGCUAUCAAAUGUCUUCGAAACUCCUGCAGCGGGGUUUAAUUUCGACAACGCAGCCAGGAAUGCUGCGUUAGAGGGUCUUUUUGAUGGACAGACACCUAAACCUCUGAAAACAGGCACCACCAUAGCGGGAGUGGUGUUCAAGGAUGGAGUGGUUCUGGGAGCAGACACAAGAGCCACAUCCAGUGAAGUGGUGGCCGACAAGAUGUGCGCCAAGAUCCAUUACAUUGCUCCAAAUAUAUACUGUUGUGGAGCAGGUACAGCAGCAGAUACAGAGAAGACCACGGACCUCCUCUCCUCCAACCUCACCAUCUUCUCUCUGAACAGCGGGAGGAACCCUCGCGUCGUCAUGGCCGUCAACAUACUACAGGAUACGUUGUACAGGUAUCACGGCCAGAUUGGUGCCAGCCUUAUACUGGGAGGAGUAGAUUGCACUGGGAACCACCUGUACACAGUGGGGCCGUAUGGCAGCGUCAAUAAGAUGCCUUACCUUGCAAUGGGAUCUGGGGAUCUGGCUGCUCUUGGGAUUCUAGAGGACGGGUACAAACCUGACCUGGAGCUGGACAAGGCGAAGGAGCUGGUGCGUGUUGCCAUCCAUGCAGGCAUCAUGAGUGACCUCGGAUCAGGCAACAACAUCGACAUCUGUGUCAUCACCAGACCAGGAGUGGACUACAUCAGACCGUACCAGGUGUCCGAGUACAAAGACAAAAGGAAAACAAAAUACAAAUAUGGUCCAGGCACAACACCGGUUCUGACCGAGAAAGUAGUCCCCGUGAAGCUGGAGGUUGUAGAAGAGACCGUGCAGCGGAUGGAUACAGCCUGAGCCGAUGCACAGUCACACCUUAUAAACACCACUUUUAGCAGUGAAGUGAAAAGUCUUUGCUUUCAUUGCAUUGUCAUACACUAGUUUUUAAAUGCAAGCAGUGAAACAUCUCAGACAUUUGAUUAACAUUGUCAACAUGGUUUCUAUUCUUCACUGUGAUGUGGCUGAAUGCAGUAAACAGAGAGACUGCUAUAGACCAAAUGAGAAGACUGUAACAUGUGGAAUAAUAAUAAAAAUAUCUUUGAAUGAAAUUGUAUUUGACCCCUGUUGCUGUUUAUUUUCAUGUUUUGUAAUAAUUUAUUGAAUGUAUUAUUACUAUAAUAUGUCAAGCCCCAAACAGCAGCCCUGUACUUCUGAUAAAGACCCGAUAAAAAAGAAGGGCUUAUAUGUGAAUGUAUACGUCAUAAUACGUCAUUGACACGUUAUUUACCUAACUACAGUAGAUACUGUGUAUUUUUAUAAAUAUGAAAUGCAAACCCGCAUUAAUAAUGUUAUUGACCUGUGCUGGCUUCCCCAAACCUGAGCGCUGCUUCUCUGCUUAGAGACUGAUGAUGACACACAUACAGGGCUCUCCUAUUGGUUGAUGCGAGCUUGAGCCAUCUUUUUUAUUUACAGUAAAAUAAAUGCCACAGUCUUGUUUUUAUUUUGUUUUUGU